AUGUUCAAGGAAAUAGCUGUUAUCCUUGGAGUUUGCCUGGUCCUUGUGUCUGCAAGGACAAGCUGUAAAAGAGAUGACGAAUGUGGAAGUGGGGAGUGUUGUUACUACCACGAGGGACCAAUGAUCAUGAGCCGUAAAAGACAGCAGCUCAACCAGAUAGCACUACCACAAGAUCUGAUGAAUCUUCACCAAGGAGGUUAUUGUGAGCGCUAUAAGCUUCAGAACGAGACAUGUAGCGUGUUUGGCAAGAUGAAUGGCCAUUGUGAAUGCAGUCCUGGACUGUCCUGUAAGUUCGUGUCGUCUGGACCGACUUUAUUGAAUCCUGACUCUCUUGCGGUUAGCAAGAGGGGUAUGGUUUACCAAGGGCCCGGAAGUUACUUGUGUGUAUCACCGUAA